AUGUCGUCCCCUCGCGAAACCCGAUUACCCGGAUUUCAGGAUCUGUUUGGCCAUGUCCCCCUUCCUACCCCCGGAUCGGGCGCAGCGAGGGUACCCAGAUCAAAAGCUCGAGUAGACCGCAAAGACAGUGCAUCGCCAGUUGCAGCCUCUGCGCCUCAUCCAAACCCUCGUUCUCAUGAGUAUUCUCGGAAUGACCAGCGGCUCCACCCUACGGCAGCAGACACUACACAUCACCGCCAGAUCGAUCGCGCUUCUACCAGCGCUCACCGCUCGCACAACGCGACUGCUUCAACCUCGGCCCACCGUCCGGAGCAUUCCGCCUCGAUCACUUCACCGGAGAGUCCAGUCUUCUCGACGAUAUUCUCACCACGUCAAAGCCCCUCUGCCAGCCGCCGCUCGUCUUUCUCAUCGCCUGAGCUACUCGCCUCCGGCAUUCCGGUCGGCAGUGCUCCCUUUACACCCCACGCGGGCCCCAGUAAUGCCGCAUACCAAUACAGACAUUCUUACGUGCCGUUAUCCCUUUCACCGAGUCCCUCCAUCUCCCCACGGGCCGUCUCUCUGACUCCGUUCGACGUCGACGCGAUCCCUCGAUCCAGCCCUCGCAGGCCACGCGCCCCAGGCCGAGGCAAAGCCGCCGGCGAACCGCACAAGACCGCGCGGGACAACGAGCCCCCGCCAUUCAAUCUUGAUCCUGCGUCCUUUACGAUCUUACAGAACCAGAUGUGGGUACCGCGUGCGGAUACACCUACGGCGAUGAUCUGUCACUGGGGCCGCUGCGGGCGGGAGAUCAGCACGGCUGAUGGCGAGAUUCCCUCGCACCUCGUCAACGCGCACGGGCUCUCGCAACAGCACGAUGCUAGCGUUACGUGCCGCUGGGUCGACGAGACUACCGGCAGGAUAUGCGGCGUCGCGAUGACCUACCACAGCGCGCGGCAACAUGUACUGAGGCAUGUUGUUCGGGUACAUCGGGGCGCGUGCAGGAAAUGCAGGAAGACGAUGAAGGAGAAGGGGGGAAUGAAGAGGCACUUGAAGAUGUGUCUGAAGAACGCCACUGUAUCCGAGAUGCUGGAGUUUGGCGUCGUCGUGGUGUUGCCGUCGCCUGGGAGCGACAGCACACAGGCGGCAUGUAUUAUUGCGCCCCAUCAAGCUGGCUCGUAG